GUCCAUUUCACCAGCCCCAAAUUAAGGAGCGGAGGAGAGGGGUGGAGGGAGCCCCCCCACACCUCUUCCUCCUCCUCCUCUUCCUCUCCUUCUCCUCUCCCCACCCAACCCCACAGCCCUCAUCCCACCAGGACCCCUCCUCCUCCUCCCCGCACCCUCCUCCCGUUGCAGCCGAGGCCGGGGUGUGCUCCAUCACCCCCCCAGCGUCAGUUUUGGGGUGACUUUGCUCUUUUUUGGGGGUUGUUGUUUUUUUAACAGCUGUGUUUUUUCCCCCUCCCUCCCCCACGUCACCCACAAAGGGUGGCCGGAUGGUUUUUGUCCCCCCGGGGCUCUGAACCGCCGAGGCCCGGCGUGUCCCAGCCGCCGCUGGAUGCCCAGCCCGGGGCCGCAUCCAGCCUGUGUGCGCGGCCGUGGUGCGCUGCGGGGGAGCUGGGCCCCAGGCGAGAGCCCGCAGCCAGGACAAGAGGAGAACGGCCCCUGGGAGGCCCGGCUGCCUCGGUUGGAGCUCUCCCUGCAUGAGCCAGCGGCGGCCCCGCGGCUCCGGCGGGCGAUGGCCGCGCUCUGAAGAUGUCGGUGGCCAGGCUCAGCGGCGUCAAUGGCUUUGCGGAGGAGGGCGGCAUGGAGGCGGGCGACAUGGGCAGGAUCCUGCGCUGCCUGGAGAUGGGGACCGUCCUCACCUUGUUCUACCAGAAGAAGUCGCAGAGGCCGGAGCGAAGGACCUUCCAGGUGAAGCUGGAGACUCGGCAGGUCAUCUGGAGCCGGACGCCCGAGAAGGUGGAAGGGGACGUUGACAUCCGGGAGAUCAAGGAGAUACGGCUGGGGAAGAACUCGCGGGACUUCGAGCGCUACCCCGAGGACGCCCGUAAGCUCGACUGCACCAUGUGCUUCAUCAUCCUCUACGGGAUGGACUUCAGGCUGCGGACCCUCAGCGUGGCCGCUUUCUGUGAGGAGGACAUCAACCUGUGGAUAACGGGUCUCAACUGGCUGGUGGCAGACACCCAGAAAGCCCAGACCCCGCUGCAGAUCGAGAGGUGGCUGAGGAAGCAGUUUGAUGGGAUGGAUCGGUCACGGGAAGGCAGCAUCACGGUGAAGGAUCUGAAGGCCAUGCUGCCCCAGGUCAACUACCGCGUCCCCAACAUGAGGUUCCUGAGGGACAAACUCGUGGAGGUGGAAGCCAGGAAUGAAAUGACUUUCUCCCACUUCAUCCAGUUCUACAAAAACCUGAUGUUUGAUGCACAGAAGUCGGUCAUCGAGCAGCUGGAGCUCUCCUUCCCUCUGCGGAACGUGGACCGCCCCGAGCUGUGCCAAGUGUCCCUCUACGACUUCCAGAAGUUCCUGCUGCAUGACCAGAAGGAGCCCUGGGCCAGCGACGUGGGCAUGGUGCGGGACUACAUGUGCACCUACCUCAAGGAAGGCUCCAGCGAGGCAGCAGAUCCCUCCUUCCAGCUGGAUGAGUUCCUCACGUACCUCUUCUCCAAGGAGAACAUGGUGAUGGAUGCCAAGUACGAGCGCGUGGUGCCUGAGGAGAUGAACCACCCCCUGUCCCAGUACUGGAUCUCCUCCUCCCACAACACGUACCUGACAGGGGACCAGUUCUCCAGCGAGUCCUCCCUGGAGGCGUACGCCCGCUGCCUGCGCAUGGGCUGCCGCUGCAUCGAGCUGGACUGCUGGGAUGGCCCCGAUGAUCUUCCCAUCAUCUACCAUGGCCACACGCUCACCUCCAAGAUCAAGUUCCUGGAUGUGCUGCACACCAUCAAGGAGCAUGCAUUUGUCACCUCUGAGUUCCCCAUCAUCCUGUCCAUCGAGGACCACUGCAGCAUCGUCCAGCAGAGGAACAUGGCCUCCCACUUCAAGAAGGUCUUUGGGGAUAUGCUGCUCACCAAGCCAGUGGACAUCAAUGCUGAUGAGUUGCCUUCACCCACCCAGCUCAAGAAGAAGAUCCUAAUCAAGCACAAGAAGCUGGUCGAAGGGAACCUGUAUGAGGAGGUGUCCACUGCCAGUUACUCAGAAAAUGAUAUCAGCAACUCCAUCAAGAAUGGCAUCCUCUACCUUGAAGAUCCCAUUGACCACACCUGGAGCCCCCAUUACUUCGUCCUGACGAGCAACAAGAUCUACUACUCAGAGGAGACAUCCCGCUACCAGUUCAACGAGGACGAAGAGGAGGUGGAGCAGAAGGAGGAGUUCAACAACAACGAGCUGCACUUCACGGAGAAGUGGUUCCAUGGGAAGCUGGGGGGCGGGCGUGACGGGCGGCAGAUCGCCGAGAAGCUGCUGCACGAGUACUGCACGGAGACGGGCGGCAAGGACGGCACCUUCCUGGUGCGCGAGAGCGAGACCUUCGUGGGAGACUACACCCUCUCCUUCUGGAGGUCCAGCCGUGUGCAGCACUGCCGCAUCCACUCCCGGCAGGAGGCUGGAGCCACCAAGUUCUACCUGACAGACAACCUGGUGUUCGACAGCCUCUACAGCCUCAUCUGCCACUACCGCGAGGUGCCGCUGCGCUGCAACGAGUUCGAGAUGCGCCUCACCGACCCCGUCCCCCAGCCCAACGCCCACGAGAGCAAAGAGUGGUACCACGCCAGCCUGACGCGGCUGCAGGCUGAGCACAUGCUGAUGCGGGUGCCGCGGGACGGAGCCUUCCUGGUGCGCAAGCGCAGCGAGCCCAGCUCCUACGCCAUCUCCUUCCGGGCAGAGGGGAAGAUCAAGCACUGCCGGAUCCAGCAGGAGGGGCGGCUCUUCAUGCUGGGCAGCUCGGCCGAGUUCGAGAGCCUCGUGGACCUCAUCAGCUACUACGAGAAGCACCCGCUGUACCGCAAGAUGAAGCUGCGCUACCCCAUCAACGAGGAGACCCUGGAGAAGAUGGGCACCACUGAGCUGGACUAUGGAGCCCUGUAUGAGGUGCGGACCCCCCACUUCUACGUGGAGGCCAACAAGAUGCCAAUGGCCAGGUGCACGGUGAAGGCUCUGUAUGACUACAAAGCGCAGCGCGAGGACGAGCUGUCCUUCUGCAAGCAGGCCAUCAUCCACAACGUGGACAAGCAGGACGGCGGCUGGUGGCGAGGGGACUACGGGGGCAAGAAGCAGCUCUGGUUCCCGGCCAACUACGUGGAGGAGAUCGUCAGCACCCAAGCACAGGAGCAGGAUGAGGCCUCAUCAGAAAACAGCCCCCUGGGGAACUUCUUGAAGGGCUUCAUUGACGUGCCGUCCUGCCACGUCGGUGAGUGUCCCCACCACGUCCCCACCAUGGCUGCACCUCAGGCUGAAGCUCGGUGCCGUGGGCUGAGGCUCCCCAAAGCUCAUCACACACAAGCCGACGGUGCCUCCCGCACAGCCCUUGCCUCUCGGGUCACGGCCGUGCCGGUGCCGUGCGGAGCCGUGCCGGAGCGGGCCACGGUGGGAUUCACCGGCACAGCGCAGAGAGCUCUCACCGCGCUCUCCGGAUCCCUCCGGAGCCCGCACCAGCCCGGCGCCUUGUUCUGUUUGGCAGAGGCAGAGCGGCUGGGCUGA